CUCAACUUUCAGAGGCUCUCUCUGACUGGGCAAGACUGUGAGCAAGAAAUCCUGAGUAUUUUCAGGCAGCUCGGGGAGGGAAAGACCUGCACAGUUCAUGUACUCGCACGGAAGCUCAAAACUCACAAGAAAGAGAUCAAUCGUGUCUUGUACAAACUCCUCAGGGAAGGCAAAUUGCACAAAGGGGGAGAGAUACCACCUCUGUGGAGGAUUGCCAGUCCCAGCUCGGGGAGGGAGAGAAGCCCUGCUGAGCACAGCACCAGCUGCACAGACCCUGCUGGGGAGGACAGAGCGGAGAGGAGUGUGCUUGGCUUGGGGGACACAGACAUGGCUGAGACCAAGGAGAAGAUCUGCAACUACUUGUUCAGUGUGGCAGAGACAACAGCUCUCAAUCUGGCCAAGAACAUUGGGUUUACCAGGGCCAAGGACGUUAAUGCCUUUCUCAGUGCCCUGGAGAAGUUGGGAGAUGUCCACAAGCAGAACACGACUCCCCCCAGGUGGUCUCUGACAGACAGGAAACGUGAGCGGAUGCAGAUGAGGCUGAAGGCCAGUGCAGCAGUACAGGUGGUGAAUCCCACACCUCCUGAGGCAGCUGGUCCCCCUUCCUCUGGCUCUCCCUGUCCCCAGGAGGUGGCUGAGGCUUCCCCAGCAGCAAUGGCAUUGAGAGGGGAAGGGGUAGAAAACAGACAAAGGCCUUUGGGACCACCUGCCCAGGGAGAUGGCAAUGACACGCAAGUGGCUGUGCCCGAGGACAUUAAGCCUGAAUUCGCCAGCUUGAGUAAUUAUGAUAACUCAGAGAAUGGCAAAUGGGCCACAGAUGACAUCCCAGAUAACCUGAACACUAUCAACAAGCAGCCUGAGGAGUCAGAACGCAUUAUGAACUCCCAGUGCUCCCCCAGUUAUGCCGCCCAGUUCGACACUGCUUUGCUCUGCACACCUGUGGAGAAGCUGAUGGCUUGUCAGGAGAAAAACCCUGUGAGUGGUCUCACUGAGUAUUCCCAGUACACUUACCAGCACUGUGAGUUUACCAUGCUGGAGCAGAGUGGGCCCUCUCAUGAGCCAAGGUUUAAGUUCCAGGCAGUGAUCAAUGGGCGCAAGUUUCCUGCAGCAGAGGGUGCGAGCAAGAAACUGGCCAAGCAGGAGGCAGCAGCCAAUGCCAUGAAGGUCCUGAUGAGUGAAGCAGAGAAUGGAAGGCACAGUGGAAUUAAAUGUGAAGAGCCAUUUCCCUCUGACAGAUCUGAACCAGAACUGCCUUCGCAGCCGGAGCCGUUGCCUGCAGCAGCUCAGCUCAGCCUCCUUCCUGGGAAGCAUCCCAUCAGCAUCCUCAUGGAGUAUGGGCAGAAAUCAGGGAACAUAGUUGAAUUCCAGCUGCUGGCUCAGGAGGGCCCACCCCAUGAUCCUAGGUUCAGCUACUGUGUGAAAAUGGGUGACCAAAUUUUCCCUGCUGUGGUAGGAAACAGCAAGAAAGGAGCAAAGCAAAUGGCAGCAGAACUUGCUGUGAAGAUUCUGUCCGGAGAGUCUGUACCCCAUGUCUUGCCUGAACAGCCUUUUGUGAAGCCCCACAGUGACCAGUCCAUGCACAGCUGUGGGCUAGGGGUCUCCACUCCAGAUGAAUCUAAGGUGGUGAAGGCAAAGGGUGUUGGGGAGCUCAUCAAGUACCUCAAUGUCAACCCUAUCAGUGGCCUGCUGGAAUAUGCUCGUUCCAAUGGCUUUGCUGCAGAGUUCAAACUUGUUGACCAGUCAGGACCUCCCCAUAACCCCAAGUUUAUCUAUCAGGCAAAGGUUGGAGGCCGCUGGUUCCCAGCUGUGACUGCACACAGCAAGAAACAGGGCAAGCAGGAGGCAGCUGAUGCAGCACUCAGGGUCCUGAUCGGGGAGUCGGAGAAGAUGGAGCGCAUGGAAGGGAUGAACAUCACUGAGCUCCCUGUGAGUGGCAGCACCCUGCACGACCAGCUGGCCAUGCUGAGCCACCAGCGCUUCAACGGCCUCACCGCUCGCAUCCAGCACAGCCUCCUGGGCCGCAAGAUCCUGGCUGCCAUCAUCAUGAGGAGGGCACAGAAGGGCCUGGGCGUGGUGGUCAGCAUUGGCACAGGGAAUCGUUGUGUGAAAGGAGAAGAGCUGAGCUUGAAGGGAGAGACAGUGAAUGAUUGUCAUGCAGAAAUCAUUGCUCGAAGAGGCUUUGUGAGGUUUCUCUACAGUGAGUUGAUGAAGUAUGACCCAUCUAAUCCUUCCUCUGCAGAGGAGAGCAUUUUAGAGCCAGCAGGAGGGAACAGACUCAGAAUCAAGAGCAAUGUCACCUUUCACCUCUAUGUCAGCACAGCACCAUGUGGAGAUGGAGCCCUCUUUGACAAAUCCUGCAGUGACCAGGCAGGCGUGGUGGGAGAAGCCCAGCACCAGCCCCUCUUCGAGAACCCCAAGCAAGGCAAACUGCGCACCAAGGUGGAGAACGGGGAAGGUACCAUUCCUGUGGAGUCCAGUGACAUUGUGCCCACGUGGGAUGGGAUCCAGCACGGGGAGAGACUCCGAACCAUGUCCUGCAGUGACAAAAUCCUGCGCUGGAACGUUCUUGGCUUGCAAGGGGCAUUGCUGUCACACUUCCUGGAGCCAGUUUACCUCAGCUCUGUCACCCUGGGUUACCUGUACAGUCAGGGUCACUUGACCCGAGCCAUCUGCUGCCGCGUGGCGAGGGAUGGGAGCACACUGCAGGCAAAGCUCCAGGCUCCAUAUCACAUCAACCAUCCUGAGGUGGGGCGAGUCAGCGUGUACGACUCGGCCAGGCAGACAGGCAAAACGAAGGAGUCCUCAGUGAAUUGGUGUCUUGCUGAUGAAAGCGAAGUUGAAGUCUUGGAUGGCACCAAAGGGAAAGUAGAUGGCCCGAAGCUGGAGGUGUCUCGUGUGUCCAAGAGGGAAAUGUUCGCCCUGUUCCAGCGACUCAGUGCCAGGCACGACCGCCCAGACCUGCUGAGCCUCUCGGUGUACUCAGAUGCCAAGGAGGCAGCCACGGAGUACCAGGCAGCCAAGCAGUGCUUCUUCAGCACCCUGGAGGAGCUGAGCUAUGGCAGCUGGAUCCGCAAACCCCAGGAGGAGGAGACUUUCUCUGUCCCUGAGGCACAGUGA